UAUGGGUACUUGUGUUUCAAAUUAAGAUGAUGUUAGAAAUGCUAAUUAAAUAGCAUUAUCAUUGUAAAUAAUAGUAAAGUAACAUUAGAGAAAUAAAACAUUUCACAUGGAGUCGAGAUUCUCAUGGUUUGUUUGAUUAUGAAAAUAAAAAUGUGAUAAAAGGGUAAUUAAAAACUAAUUCGUCAAAAAGUAUUUAUUAUUAUAAAUAAAAGUGAUAUUUAUAAGAUAAAAAGAAGCCAUUAGAGUUAUUUAAACAAAGGAUGAGUUGUUAGUAAUAUAUAAAAUUUAAUGAAUUACUUUUAGUAAUAUCAAAAUUAAUCAGAUGUGCAGGAACUUAUUAGAAUAAAUCGUUAGAUAACUAAAUAUUUUAUUGAAUCUAUAUAUUAAUAAUAAAUAUCAGAAGAAACUGAAGGAUUAUCAGAUUGUAGUCCUUGGGUUGUGGUUAAAUCAUUAAAGAAUCAAAAAAAUGAUUAAUCAGUUAAUUUAUUACUCUAUAUUUGAUAGGGCUAUUCAUUGAAAUAAAAUGAUUAUAUAAAGUUAGGUAGAGUUCGAUUUCGAAUUCGAGAGAUUAGUUGUUUAAAUAAUAAUACUAAUAAUUAGGAAGUGUCUAUAGAACCUGAAUUAUAAAAAUUUGUAUCUGAUAAAAGUUUAAAUAUUAUGAACAUUCAUACAUAAGAAGAUGAAUAGAUUUAAGGAGAAGAACCAUAAUGUAGAAUAUGUUAUAAUGAUGCUUAAACAGAUUAAAAUAAUCCUUUGAUAGAUUGUUGUAAAUGUUAAGGAUCAGUUAAAUUUAUUCAUUUAAUAUGUUUGUAAACAUGGUUGCUUAAUAAAUUAUAACCAAAAACUACAAAAUUCUCAGUUUCUUUUUAAUGGAAAUAAUUUGAAUGUGAAGUUUGCAAAGCUCCUAUUCCUAGUAAAUAUUAAAAUUUAUGAUAAAGAUAGAAUCAAAUAUUAAAAUAGAAUUUAUGAAACAAUUGUACUUCCUAAACCAGAUCCUCCUUAUUUAACAUUGGAAAUUUUGAGUAGAGAUAGAAAUUAAAGCAAAGGAACACAUAUAAUUAGUUUUUCAUAAAAGCAAUUUAUAAAAUUAGGAAGAGGCCAUGAUUCUGAUGUUCGUAUUACUGAUAUAUCAGUUUCAAGAUUACAUGCUAUAAUUAAAUAUUCUAAUUGUAAAAUUCUAUAUUUAUUGAAACUAGCAUAAUUUAUUAUUGAAGAUCAAUAAUCUAAAUUUGGAACAUUGGUAUUAAUGAAAAAUCCAACCUAAGUAUCAGUUGAUCUCAAUAAAAACCUUGCUAUAUAAAUAGGUAGAAGUGUUCUCAAUUUCUAAGUAUCAAAAGAUUGGAAUGUUUAAACUUGUUGUAUGUAAGAAUAAUCAUUUGAUUUUUUAAUUAGGGGUUCUGUAUCAGAUGAAUAAAUGCAAUAAUAAGAAGACAAUAAUAAUUUAAUAGGAAGUGCAAUAGGAGAUGAUGAUUAAGUAUAAGUGGAAUAAGCAUUCAUUGAUAAUAAUGGAGAAUUCGAUUGA